GGCCGAUGACUGGCACGAAAUACAAUCCAACAGAAACGUCAUCAGCCGUGGACUGUUCCAGGCUGUGAUCUUGAUUGACCCCGGCCGCCAGAACGGUAUGUGUGGUGGAUCCCUGAUUAAAAAGGACAAAGUGCUGACUGCUGCUCAUUGUUGCCUCGGAGCAACAUCUUUCGAGAUCUACCUUGGCACUAACAACGAGAAGGUUGUCAGGUCUGAAAGAACGACAAUUCACGAGCAUUUCAACCAAUCAAAUUAUGCAAACAAUAUCUGCAUUAUUCACCUGGACGAAGAGGUUGAUAGCGGCGAGGGCAUUGCCACCAUCCGGCUGCCGUCUCGCUCAGCGUGCUCAGCAACCUUCGAAAGACGCAAAGCAACCGUGUCUGGCUGGGGAUUCAUCUCAAAAAAUGAGACCGCUAUGAAAGUAGAGCUGAUGCACGCGGACGUCAUCAUCAUGCACAAUGACCUUUGCAGAAAGAUUUAUGAACAAUUUACCGCCGAAACACUUUGCGCCGCCAGCAGCAGCUUUGAUUGCUUUGGAGAGUUUGCUGGCCAGCUCACCAUCAUCGAAUCUGACGGAGAGGAGACCCAAGUCGGAAUCGCAAGCCAUUGUCCUGAACCAGAGGAAGGCGGCUGCGGAUCGCGUUUUCCUGAUGUCUACACCAGAAUCACCGAAUACCUUGACUGGAUCGAAGAGUGGGCUGGAGUGCCGAUGUGCCCUUAA